CGGUGCGGCGUUUCGUUCGCCGUCAGUCCGCGGCGAACCACCGACUCGAGAUCACGCCACUUCGUUCCAGUGAACUCGAAUUGUGGCGUGUAACCUCACUAAAAGCCGGUCGUGCUCUCCAGGAGAAGUGACAGUGCGAGUGCUGGAUUAAGUGUCCCAAAACGGACUCAUUCUUUUUUAAAAUAAAUAUUUCGAACUUCGAAGACGACUCGAUCGAUUAAAAAAUAUAUAUUUUAGACUGCACUAUAUCCUCGAAGUGCAAGCCCUGGGAUGUGCCUUAUCCUGACGUCUCUUAGUUAAGGGGCUGAGUCUGGUUCAAAAUGACGUGGAUCCACAUCUCGGCGUGCGUCCUGGCGGUGACGGUGUUGGUGGCACCGUCGUUGGCUGCUGUCUGCCCCGACGGCUGCGUGUGCAGCACCACUCGCGACGGUCUCCACCGCGCCACCUGCAGCAACCUCGCCGAGCUGUAUAAGUUCACUCUCCGCCAAAAACAUCACAACAUCAACAUACUGGACCUGUCGCACAAUAACAUCACCAAACUUUUCCAUGAGCUCGACCGGCUGACCGAAAUUGUCACGCUUGAUCUCUCCACGAACGGCAUCACAGACCUCAAUAAAUUUCUUUACAACGCAAAGAAAUUGGUUCAUCUCAACCUGGCCAACAAUAGAAUAACAGAACUGUCUUUGACACAUUUGCCGGCAAGUGUUAGUUCUUUAGAUUUAACUAACAAUCUGUUAAGAAAUGUGCCUUCUGACCUUGACCACUUAAUAAGCUUAGAGCAUUUAGAGCUUGAAGGCAACCCCCUGGACUGUUCUUGCGAAAAUAUAAGAAUAAGGGAUCGUUUGCUUCUAAGUAAUGUAUUUAUAGAUAAAGCAAUAUGUGCUACGCCUACUAAAAUCAAGGGCCGAUCUUGGCUGGAGUUGAAAACGAAAGAUAUUUGCAAAGUUCCGAAAGCCGAAAUUGAUCCCUUAGAUAUGAUGAUGGGAGACCAGCCUAUAGACGCUGAACGGGUUGGUGAAGAAACCACUGCCUUAAAAUCUAUGUCGUUGGUAUCAAAUAACGUUUUAGAAGAUGGAAAUGUUAUUCAAAAUAAAAACCCAGCUGAAGAUGAUGAUAGUUUACAGUUUUUAAAAGUAAGUAAAUCAAUAACAGUGAGUGAUAUUGAAGGGUCUGGGGAUGCUGAAAGUACAACGGAUGCAGGUAUAAUAGAACCUAUACAAGAACGAAAACUUCAUGCAGAUCUACUAGCUACUGAAGAAAUUUUACCGGCAGAUAAUGUACAUACCACAGAUGAUCCAAUUGAAGGUUCUGGUGAAGGUUCGGGCAUUGGUGUGCUUGACUUUGGACAUGAAGAAAAUACCGAAGAGACCACAACACCGCUAGUGCCAGAAUUAGAUCCUGGUCCAGUACGAAAAUACUUUGAAGAUGAAAGCAAUGGUAGUAGUACAGAAUUCCCACCAGUUGAAGUACCGAGUAUUUAUCAAGGGGGUCGAGACUGGCACAAACACACAGAAGCUCCAGUCACAGAAAGAGUCGCUACACCUCUCGUAACCCAAGAUACAACAGUAUCACAAAAGCUUGAAACACCGCUUACCAAAACUAGUGCAACUACUGACGAUGAUAAACCUACACCACACAAAACUGGAACAUAUGUUUGUAUUGCAAUAAUUGUUGUUCUUUUAGUAGGAUUGAUAGGUUUUGCCAUAAUUAAGGGACAAAUGAGGAAGAGGAGAGACCGUAGGCUUCUCAGACAACAAAAGAGGGAUGUAGAAAAAGCAUCGAAGGAAAUGGUUGAUAUGAAUAAAUCAUUACUUGGUAAACCUGCCAUUGUUGACACUCCGAUAGAAAAGAAAGUGAAUGGAAAAUAUGAAUUAGUACCAACACAUGAGAGCACUCAAAAGAAAAGUGAAAACGGAGAUAUUGGAAACGGUAUUAGGCAUUCUGACACUAACGGAUUAAGAACUGACAGUCCAAGAGAUUCAAAUCAAAAUAAGAGCAGUUCUAAGGAUAAUAAUUUGGCAGAUACAACUACUCCUGUUCAAGACACGUCGUUUGACUCUGCUCCUUCACCCGAUUCCCGAAAAGACAUCCAUUCUUUGUCAAGUGAAGAUAUAUUUGUGCCUAUAAAUGAUGAAGAUACACCUAGGUUGAACGGAAAUGCCGAUUCUGAUAUAUCUCAGCCUUUAAUAAAUGGGGACCAAAACACAGACUCUGACUUCUUAUCGCCCUCGCGUGAAUACGUUCCAGUAUAUUCGCCCGACAUGGGCAGAGUUCGAAUUAAGAUGACGGAAACUCCGAAACCGAAAACGCCUGUGCUAGUUACCAGGAGUAGGUCUAACGCUGGGGAUAUCAUCAUCACUCCGUCACUCGACGGAAACGCGCGCAAAUCGACCACUUGAAAUAUACUUUUAGCUGGAAGGACUAAAGCACUUUGUGUAAAUCAGUGUCAAUUAGCAAACAUUUUCACUAUUGGCAAAAUUCUGUGAUUAGGUAAAAGUGUGCAUUUGGAACUCUUGCGGACGUAGGACUGAGAAUGUUAUUGCACGGUACGACUGUUUCAAGUCUGGAAAACAUUGCUGCCAAAGUGUGUUUGUAGUCGACAGUGCCUUUAUUUUUAAAUUAGUGGUAUAUUUAUAUUUAUGAGAGUAUAUUUGCGCAAUAAUUAAGAACAUAUUUUUAUACGUGUAAAAUGUUGCCAUGUUCAUGAUAGUUAAUAAAAAUAUUUAGUAAUUCGCCUCAUAGUAAUCUACGUAACUAUGUAAUGUACAGUUGUCAACUAAUUGUACAUUAUUUUCAAUUUCUGUUCAAAUGAGUACAUCUUGUAAGCGGUAGAUUUCCAUGGUUGUGUACUUACUUUAUUCUGAACAAUUUUACACCCGAUGUAUGACAAUUUUGAACAACGAAGGUCCCAAUGGCUAUGUUUUGUUAUCUCAUCCUUCCUAUAGAGAGAUUCAUUCUUUCAUGGUCUGGCUAAGCAUAAGUUCCUUUUAAGUAAUUUUAUUGAGGUUAGUAAUUAAGAUUGUGAUACCAUUAUUGUAAGUUAUUAUUGCUAUUUGGUUACGUAUGUACAGGCACUUAUUUCUAAUUUUGAAUACAGUUUCGUUCUGUACCUACUGUAUAUUUUUUAGAUCUAUUAUUUGAAAUUAUUUUAUUAUCUAAUUAAGAACAAUUGCUUUUGUAUCUGUAGCAUUUUGCUUUGACUGUUUUAUUUUCAUUGGCUGAAUAACUUUAAAACAAUAUCCUAUCAAUCAGAAUCUUAAAGAAUAAGAGAAGGAACAAAAUAGAGAACAAUAAAUUACGAAUAGUUAAAUAAGUGGAAUAAUAAA